CAUCGCCACCGGCCACCGGCCACCUUCGGCCGCUAGCAAGCCAUGAGCAAGAAAGAUAAGAAGACCGGGCCGGAGACGCAGACGAGGACCACGAUGUUGGGUUCUUCUGUUCAGUUCAGAAUAGACUACGAGCAAACCAAGCAGCUUCCCAUCGGCAAGGCCGUGCACUCCGACGUCCUCUCCGUCGGGGGACACAACUGGAGGAUUGAGUGCUACCCACGUGGGUCACAUGAGGCACACGAGGGCAAGUAUCUUUCCAUAUUCCUCAAGCACAUGAGCAGAACCAGAAGUGUCAAGGCAAUCUUCGAGGCCUUCUUGAUGGACAAGGAUGGCCAACCAUGUACCACAGUUUCAACAAGGUCACGCGCUCGUCAAUUCCCAAAAGAUGAUGAAAGCAAUGACGCCGAUGCCGAUUGGGGAUGGAGUCAGUUUGUUGACAGAACUAUGCUGGAGAAUGACUACGUAACAGAGGGACACAUUACAUUUGUGUGUGGCAUCAUGGUCAUAGAUGACAGCCCUAUUCCCGUGCCGCCGUCUGACAUUGGGAUCCAUUUUGGCCGCUUGCUAGAUCACACGGACGGGAUGGAUGUGUCAUUCACCAUCGACGGCCAGACCUUCCACGCUCACCGUGCAGUGCUUGCUGCCCGCUCACCGGUCUUCAGAGCAGAACUCUUUGGCUCCAUGGCCGAGGCUAGGAUGACAUCCAUCACACUCCACGAAAUCACGCCUGCAACAUUCAAAGUUAUGCUUCGGUUCAUGUACACCGAUGCGUUGCCAGGAGAAGACGAGCUUGGGGACUCUUCCACCGAGAUACUUCAGGAUUUGCUCGUUGCGGCUGAUCGAUAUGCAUUAGACAGGCUGAAGCUCAUGUGUGCCCAAAAGUUAUGGGAUAAGGUGUCGGCAGAUACAGUUGCAACUACCUUAGCUUGUGCUGAAACGCACAAUUGUCAGGAGUUGAAGAGCAAGUGCAUUGACUUCUUGGCAGUGGAGGAAAAUUUCAAAGAGGCCGAUGGUUAGGCAUUGCUUGUUCUGA